AUGAAUAAAUUUGUAGUUUUUUCAUUUUUUAUAUUAUGUAUUAGUAUUGUAUUUGGUAUCUACGAGGAAGAGAUCGGUUUAAAAGAUUGGUCCAUUAGAGGUAUUGGUCAGUUGGAGAACGGUUUAUAUUUUUCAAAUGACAAUACAGUUUUAGUACAAACUAAAGUAUUACACAGAUCAGGUAGUGGUGGUGCCGAUUCUUCACCAACAGCUACAGUACCAUCAUAUGCAAUCAGUCUUUUAGAUGCAGAAAAUGGUAACUCUAAGUGGAGACAAUUAUUACCAAAUCAAGAACAAUCAUUCCAAUCAAUGACUGCCAGUAAUGAUAAUAGUUGUAUAUAUUGGAAUAGAAAGAAUGGUGAUUUAAUUUCAGUUUAUGAUACAAGUUUAGCAAAUGAUGAUCAAUGUUAUAGUGCAGAUAUCACCUCAACUGUAUCAACUACCCAACCAACAUUUAGAGUUUUUUGUAAAAAUAAUAUUUUAAUUUUAAAAAAAGAUGAAAAUAAUUUAAUAAAUUUAGUAUCAUCCAUCGAAAAUACCGAUACAUUAUAUUCAUUCGACUCAACUAAAGUGUACACAAUAAACAAAGAUUCUAUUAAAAUGAUGCAAGUUGGUGAAUCAGCUCUUAAAGAAAUACAAUCAUUCAAAAUCACUGAAAAUACCCAACCAUCACUCAAUAUAAAUUCAAAAUAUUUAAUAGUUACAACUAAUAAAGAGUCAUCAGUAUUAAAUAUCAUCUACAACUCUAAAUUAUAUAGCGUCACUUUAGAAUCUAUCGAAUCUAGCUUAUCAACCAAAAAGAUUUCAAGCAUAUCCUCAAUCAAUGACUUCAAAUGGUUGGUCAGUUUGGUUGGCGGAUCUAGCUUAUCAGUCGAGUUUAACAAGGAUACCAACAAAGUUGAAUUAGUCAAAUACUAUGAAAAUACAAUUUCAACUGAAAAUAAUGUUAAUAAUUAUCAUCACAUCAUCAUAAGUAGCACAUCGGAUGAAGAAAAAUACAGUUUAUCUAGCGAUCAAGUAAAGGCUAUUAAAUUACCAUCAAUUUCAAAAAAAGAGAAUGGUAAUGUAGUAUCAGUAUUCUCAUUUGAAUCAAAGAGUGGCACACCAUUGGUUUUGGUUUCAAUGGAUGAUUGGUCAAUCAAUAUGUUUGAAUUAUUGGACCAAAAUACCAAAGUUUCAAAAUUAUGGACCAGAGAAGAAUCCCUUUCAUUCAUUUUAACAAGCGAAAUCAUUGAUUACCCACUUCCAGAUAUUUCAAAAUUAGCUCAACUUCAAUAUGAAUUUAAUGAAACCGAUGGAUUUUUAGCACACUUUUCAAAGAGAAUUUCCACCCAAAUCAGUUCAUUAUUUGGUUUAUCAAAGGACAGCAAUAGCGCUCAAGAAGAAUUAUUAAAGGCAAAUAACGAUCAAUCUAUUAAAAAAGUUAUUAUUGCUUCAACUUUAUCUGGCAAAGUAUUCGGAUUAAAUUCAAAUAGAGGUCAAGUUUUGUGGUCUAUCUACUACCAAUCAUUCCUUAAAGAAUCUAUGACAAUGAAAAUCUACGUCACAAAGAAAGCAAUUUACUAUCCACCAGAAGUCGCCAUUAUCUAUCAAAUUAAAGAUACACCAAAAUCAGUUAUUAGCUUUAUCAAUCCACUUGAAGGUAAAGAAAAUACCUCAAUUAUUGUAAAUAGUAAGAUGCUUCACUCCAAUGUCAUCUCACAAUGGAUGGAUCCAAUCACCCAUCGUCAAAUGAUGUAUUGGGUUGUCAACUAUCCAGUUGAUCAUCCAUCACCAAUGGUAUCAUUACAUCCAUGGAACGAAAAAAUUAGAAAGAGCUGGGGUCAACUUAAACAAAGCCAUUUCUUCCUUGUAAAUAAAGAGCAAAAUGAAAUUAAAGGUUAUGGUAUCGAAAGUUUAGCAAAUGGAAAACAUGGAAACAUGAAAUCGAUUCCCACAUGGAACUUACAUUUUGGAAAGAAUAAUCAAAUACUCCAAGUAUCUUCAUUUAACCCACACGAAACUAUUCAAUCACCAGCUAUCAUUUUAGGUAAUCGUGAUCUCUUACCAAAAUAUGUCAAUAGAAAUUUGAUUUCAGUUGCUACAUUGGACCCAACUACUUCAACCCUUAAUGUCCAUUUGGUCGAUUCAGUUACUGGUGAAAUUAUCAAAUCAUUUAAACAUCAACACUCAUCACCAAAGGUUUCAUUGGUCCAAACUGAAAACAGCGUUGUUUACUCUCACUAUGAUAUUCUCACACAAACUCAAUUAAUUUCAACCAUUGACAUUUUCGAAAAGAACAUUGACUGGAACACCGAAACAUUCUCUAGCUACAACUCAACAUUCGAUGCCACCAGUGGUGCAGACAGCCAAUUGCUCAUUAAACACAAAACAUAUGUUUUCCCAUAUCCACCCAUCAAAACACUCUCAUUAUCUAUUACAACCAAGGGUAUCACAUCAAAAAAUAUAAUUGUUGGAAUGGAAAAUGGUCAAAUUUUACCAAUCGAUAAAAAAUACAUUAGUGCCAGACGUCCAUAUCCAAAUGAGGUUACACCAAAUGAUGCUGAAGAGCAAUUAAUUCCAUAUAAACCAUUACUCCAAUUCCCACCAUGGUUUUUCACAACUUAUAAUACCGCUGUUACCGGUCUUGUUGGUAUCGAAUCAACCGGUACAGAUUUAGAAUCAACCUCACUUCUUUUUUCAUUUGGCGAACCUGAUAUUUUCUGUGUACUUAUUUCUCCAUCACUCCCAUACGAUAUUCUUUCUGAUCAAUUUAAUCAUUUAGCAUUAAUCAUCACCUCAAUCACUUUAUUCAUUUUAGCAAUAUUAGCUAAAAAUUAUAAAUAUUCACUUAUUUUAUCCAAAAAAUGGAAAUAA